AUCAACGACUCUCUUAUUAUUCUUUCUCUCUUUCACUCACCUAACCUUGCACAGGAAAAAAGCCCCUCUUCUUCUUUUUCUUUCUUGGAAAAAACCUCUUUUGAUUAGGUCUAAAAUGGCAUCAAAAAAAGCAAAAAAAGCAAACCGAGCUGAGAAGAAACUCAAAAGAACCCAUUUCAAGAAACAACUUCCACAGCACAAGAACACCGACACACUUACUAGUCUCGACAAUACUUUUUCAUCGACUAUUGUCUCUUCGUGUUCUUCUACAACGACGUCUUUCUCUCCUAAAGACACAAGCUACUCUGUUCACUCUCCUUCUCGGAAGGUACUGACGUCGUCACCAGGUAAAGGUGGUGUCGGCGGCGGUUGCUGUACCCCAAAAUCUCAAAAGUCUCGGAUACCGGAGAUGCUGACGUGUCCACCAGCGCCGAAGAAGCAAAGAGUCCCACAGAACUGCGUGUUACGACGGAGACAGAUCGUUUUCUUUGCUCCUCCGGAGAUAGAGCUCUUCUUCGUCAAAGCAAACCAUCAAUAAACAGAUUUAAAUGAAUAUUUGUAGUCUUUUUUUUUUUGUUAUUCGUGCUAGUAUCAAUCGAUAUAGAAAGUAGUAUGAGAAGAUGAUCAAGAUUUCAUCUCUUUGAAUUGUUAAUACAAUAACGAAGAGUAUAUUACUAUAUCAAUAUUAUAAUGAUUUCUAGUGAUGUUUCUUUUUCUUGUUA